CGACCUGCCGACUUGUCCUCGAUCUUUGCGCGCCCGCAGAAACAUCCAUUGGGUAACAUUGCCGAGCGCAACACCUACUGGCCGCGAAGUCACGACACCAAGCGCGCAAGGCGCAACAGCAGAUGGGAAGAUGGCAUCUGUCUGGAACCCAGAAAAUGUCACCGACGUGGCCGAGUCGGUGGGCAUUGCGUCGCUGCAUCGCGAUGUCGCAGAACACUUAGCGCGAGAUGUGGAAUAUCGCAUGAGCCAGGUGUUGGAAGAGGCGUUGAAGUUCAUGCGACAUGCGAAACGGACCACCCUCACCACUCAGGACAUCUCACAUGCGCUACGAGUGCUCGACGUCGAGCCGCUAUACGGAUACGAAUCCACGCGACCGCUGCGUUUCGGUGAGGCCUCGAUAGGACCUGGCCAGCCACUCUUCUACGUGGAAGAUGAGGAAGUCGAUUUCGAAAAGCUGAUCAAUGCUCCACUGCCAAAAGUGCCGCGCGAGAUCAGCUUUACAGGCCACUGGUUAGCUGUGGAAGGCGUGCAGCCUAGUAUACCGCAGAACCCGACACAAGCAGAUCAGCGAGGGCAAGAGUUGGCAGGAAAAGGGCAGAACGCCAACACAUUGGCUGCGCUCAGCGGCAAUGACAACGUUGCGGUCAAGCCACUCGUCAAGCAUGUGCUGUCGAAGGAGCUCCAAUUGUACUUCGAGCGCAUAUGUGCCGCCAUUCUGGACGAGGAGAAUGUUGAAUAUCAAGCAGCAGCUCUCGCUUCACUCAGAUCCGAUCCCGGCCUGCAUCAGCUGGUGCCAUACUUCAUACAAUUUGUGGCGGACAAGGUCACGCACAAUAUGAAGUCGCUAUUCAUCCUCCUGCAGAGCAUGCGGCUGGUGGAGUCGCUUCUCUCGAAUCCGAGCCUUUAUAUCGCGCCAUAUGUGUCUUCACUGAUACCGUCGAUCCUGACGUGCGUUCUCGGCAAGCACUUGGGCGCCGCAUCAAAAGACCAAAGCGAUGCACAUUUUGUGUUGCGAUCGUUCUCUAGCAGUCUGCUUUCGAAAAUCGCGAAGGACUUUGGCGAUAGCUCCUCCACACUCAAGCCGCGGAUAGCACGAUCCUGCAUGAAACACUUCCUUGACUCUCACAAGCCUUUUGGCACACACUACGGCGCCAUCAAUGCCUUGAGAGACAUAGCCGGGCCAGCGGGCGUGAGACAGCUGAUCUUGCCUCACCUGAAGGCAUACGACGUACACUUACAGGAAGGACUCAAAGACGAUGCAAAGCGACCGCACGCGGAGAAGGUCGUGGAAGCCAUUGUCGGAGCACUCGAGACUCUAGAGCAGGAUGCUGUUGGGCAUGGUAAUCAGACCAAUGGGCAUCCUGAGGGCGCUGCGCUAAAGGAGCGACUGAAUGAGCUCCUCGGCGAGGCUGUCGCGCAGGCAGUGUUGGCUAAGGAGCGGCCAUCACUGAUUAAUGCUGUGCUCGAGAAGGAAGUUGAACUCUGAAGCAUUUCGAAUACUACAUUGUGAUGAGAAGAUGCUCUUGUAUAUGGGUCAUGACAAUUAGCGCGGCGUUGGGGCACGGUACGCAGCUGUAGCAGUUCGCAUGCGCAUGCAGAGAGUGUGCUGCAAAGAU